CUGAACUUCCGGUCGACGCCACUGCGCUUGCGUAAUGACGUCUUGAAACUACCUGCACGUUCUAGCUGCGACGCCACGCCUCCCCCACCUGAGUUCUGGAAGAUUUAAGAAGUGAGCAGUCAAAACUAAAACAAGCAGCGAAUUUCUUUCAAAAAUAACUUCUCGGUGGGACUUUUGAAACUUUUUAUACGGAUAACAACGAAUUGACGCUUCUGGUGACAAAGACAGACGUAACAGAAGCCCGGCAUGGAGGAGUUAACAAUAUGGGAGCAGCACACGAUAACGCUUGUUAAAGAUCCCAAAUUUGGUUUCGGCUUCGCGAUAUCGGGAGGGAAAGACAAGCCUCACCCGGACAAUGGGGACACGGCGGUGGUGGUGUCGGAUGUGCUUCCAAACGGGCCGGCCAUGGGGCGUCUGUUCAACAAAGACCAAAUUGUCAUGGUCAAUGCAGUAUCCAUGGAAAACGUCCACUCCAACUACACCAUCCAGACCCUCAAGUCAUGCGGCAAGACUGCAAACAUAACUGUGAAACGUCCUCGAAAGAUCCAGAUCCCAGCAACCACCAGACCCACCCGAGCAGCCUCCCAGUCCAACCUGCUGGACCCGGACCCCCCGAGGCGAGCGCGCCGCUUCUCCGACGGCAGCGACCACAGAGACGCCGGCCGCUACCGCUCCCGCACCCGCAGCCCCUCCCCCAACCGCAACGGCUUCACCAACACGCUGCCCCUCAUGUCCACGGGGUACAAGCGGCUGCCGCAGAACACCUCGGCCGACAAACCCAUCAAAACCACUCUGGUCAAAAAGAAGAUCACUGACGAGUAUGGAUUGAAACUGGGCAGUCAGAUCUUCAUAAAGCACAUGACGGAGAGCGGCCUGGCCGCGAAGGAGGGCACGCUACAGGAGGGAGACCUGAUCCUGAAGAUCAACGGCAUGACCACAGAGAACCUAUCCCUGCUGGAGACCAAGCACCUGGUGGAGAAGAGCAGAGGCAGACUGACCAUGACGGUGCUCAGGGAUGACCGCCGGUUCCUGGUCAGCAUCCCGGAGGUGGAGGACAGCGCCCCCAACAGCGAGGAGGAGCGGCGCCGGGACAGCAGCUCCGAGCUGGAGGAUAUUUCGGACAUCGAGGAGGACAUCACCCCUCGGAGGACGUCCCGCCAGCCCACCAGAGAGAAGCGCACACGCAGAACCAGAGCUGAGCCCCCCCCACGAGCCAAGUCUCGCGACCCGUCGCCGGUGCGCUCCACGCUGAGCCGACCUCCUGCAAAAGCCUACGCCCCCCGCAGAGCUCCAUCUGAAUCGGACUCCGACCGCAGUGCGUCUCCUCCCCCCGUCAGGAGACACAGCCCAGAAACGAGGGAUCACGCCAGCAAGUACAAAAGUCUGUCAGGAAUGUCGACUCUUCCCAACCCCCGGUCCUCUCCUGUCCAGCACAGCUGGACAUCUCGCCCCACCUCCUCGGCCUCUCGGCCUCGCCGGCCUGUGUCGGACUCCGACUCCGAUCGCAGCCCCUCCCCGCCCCGCAGAGAGGCCCCCCGCCCAGACAGAUACAAAGUUCUUCCUGAUAUUCCCCUCGGGACUCUGAGAGCAUCACCCAUCCCCGUUCGCAACGAGCCGCCAAGGAGGGUCAACUCGCCUGUUAGAAUCCCGCCUCCGGAUUCUGACUCUGAAUCGGAUGGCUUCUCGGGGCCUCCCCAGAGGCAGAGCACCACGUACAGUCAGGACUCGCUCAGUCGAUACAGAGUCCUGCCAAACGUCUCCCUGCAGCCCCAGCAGGUGGAGCCAGCGCCGGCCAGCAGGACCAGCAGCUCCCCACCCAGAGUCACAGCAGCAGCUCGGCCGGACUCUGACUCGGACGCCAGUUAUGCAUCCGUCCCCCGGAGGAGCUCCACAGACAGCGGAGACUCUAACCCAGCCCACAGACAGAGGGUAAUGCCUAAAAUAUCCACGUCCGUCGCUGUGAGGCAGGAGUCUCAGCGCCGCGCCCCGUCGCCCGCCAGGCCUCCUCCCGACGAUUCCUCCGGGUCGGAUCAGCUCUCCCACCUCCGGAGGUCUGGGAGCUCUGAGCCGGAGCAGAGCCGCCGCAGUGUUCCUCGAGCCACUAACGGCGGCGGCACCGUCCGGUCCGGCAUUUCAGUGAAGAACAACACGCCGCUCCACUGUAAGGCUCAUAACCAGGCCCUGACCCUGACCCUAACCCUAACUCUGACCUGGCUGACUCCUGUUCUAACAUGUAGUGGCUCAUCUUCUGUAAGUAAUAACGAUCUACAUCUCACUCUUGCAGCAAAGCCGGUAGAAGAGCCCCUUUAUUCUCUACCUCCAGAUUCUUACCCAUCUCCAAAUCCAGGGUACAGUUCGGACGUGCAGACUGUCACUUUUGUGAAGGAGCGCAGCCUGGGCCUGAGGCUGGUGGGGGGGAACGACGUGGGCAUCUUUGUGGGCGGCGUCCAGCCGAACAGCCCGGCGUACGAGCAGGGCAUGAAGGAGGGAGACCAGAUCCUGCAGGUGAACAAAGUUGAUUUCGGCCACUUCACUCGAGAAGAAGCCGCCAACUUCCUGCUCAACAUCCAGACUGGAGAACAGGUGGAGAUCUGCACGCAGACCAAGAUAAACCUUUAUAAAAAGAUCAUCAAGUCCAACCUGGGAGACAACUUCUACAUCCGCACCCACUUCGACCACGAGGCGGACGCGCCCAUCGGCCUGAACUUCACCAGGGGGGAGGUGUUCCGGGUCACCGACACCAUGCACCGCGGGAAGAUGGGCUCCUGGCUGGCCGUGCGCAUGGGCAACGACCUGCACGAGAUGGACAAAGGCACCAUCCCCAACCAGGACAAGGCGGAGCGGCUGGCCGCCGUGGAGCGGGCGCAGCGGGCCAGCGGGGAGAGGCCCGUGACGGGACCCCGAGCCGAGUUCUGGAAACUCAGAGGGCUCCGAGGGAACAAAAAGAACGAGAAAAACAACAGGCGGACCCGCGAGGACCUGCUCCAGCUGACCAUUCAGGGCAACUUCCCGGCCUACGAGAGAGUUCUGCUCAGGGAAGCUAAUUUCAAGCGGCCCAUCGUCAUUCUGGGUCCUCUGAAUGACAUCGCCAUGGAGAAGCUGGCCAAAGAGUUGCCUGACGACUAUGAGGUGGCAGAAAUGGUUCCUCGUAGCGGAGCAAAAGAGAGCGGCUCAACGGUCAUAAAACUGGACACCGUUAGGAAAAUAGCAGAGAAGGACAAACACCCGCUGCUCGACAUCACUCCCACCGCGGUGGAGAGGCUGAACUACAUCCAGUACCACCCCAUGGUGCUGUUCUUAGACCCGCACAGCCGCAAGGACGUGAAGGCCAUGAGGCAGAGGUACAGCCCCGGCUCCAACAAGAGCUCCAGGCGCCUGUACUCGCAGGCCGUCAAGAUGCGGAGAGACUGCAGCCAUCUUUUCUCAGCUCGCGUGGAUCUGCAGCCCGACUCCCACAGCUGGUAUGACAGUUUGAAAAAUAAGAUCCGCCACCAGCAGUCCAAACCCGUCUGGGUGUCUGAAGUCACGCUGGAGAGCGGAGCGGAGCAGGAUCUAGAUGCUCUGGACCAGAACCAGACGGACUACCUCAGUGCUGCCAGCGACCUGGAGGACACGGACGGAGAGGCCUUCACGGACGGAGAGGCCUACACCGACAACGAGGACCUGGAGGAGGCCUACCCGGGCCAGGAUACCUCCAGGCUGCCCCGGGGCUCCCGGGGCCCCGGGGCCGCCCUGGCCCGCUCGUCCGAGCCGGCCUCUGGCCUCCAAACCCCCCCGCCGGAGCCGGGCGCCCACUCGUACUCGCUCCAAGAGGUGCCCCCCCUCAUGCACGUGCCCGAGCCCCGCGCGCCCCGCCAGGACUACUACAGCCCCGAGGAGGAGGAGGACCCCUCCCACCGCAGUUUCACCGACUCCGACUUCGAGGCCCUGGAUGCAGCGGUUCCCUACAGCCCCUCGGACGGGCCCCCGGACUUUGUGGCGCCCGACCCCACCACUCGGUACUCGGCCAAUCAGCCGGCCUACGCCGAGGAGCAGCCGCAGGACUCUGAGCCCCCCAGCCUGUCCGCCAUCGAAGAGAAACUACAGCAGACUCGCUCUGCAGAGCCGCAGGCAGAGGACAAGAAAAGCCCUCAGUUCCUGGUGCUGGCACAUCACCAAGCGCUCCAGUUCAGACGCACACAGAUCCGAGGCAGCGACAGCUCCGAGGGCGAGGAAGAGGAGGAGGAGGAAGAGGGGGAGGACAUCGAGUGGGGUCCCGCCACUGAACUCUAGACAAACUGUCCAUAAAGCAAAGUUUCACUCCCUCAACAAACUCUUAUUCACUUCUGAGAUUACUGACAUGUUUUUAAUUUAUCUGUGGAGAACCGUGUUGUUUAGGGGUAGAAAGUGGGAAGUGUUCAGAAUAACUGCGAUCGUUAGUUAAACGUACCAAAAAAAAAAAGAGCAAGUGCCUGCUUUCUUUUACAUUUUUUUUAUGUUGAAAAAUGAAUGUGAAUAUGUCAUAGCUGUAAUAUACAAGUCUUACUUUUAUUAGGAAUGAUUAAUAAACUAGUCUGUUUAGCAACUUUUUUCAUUCUUUUACAUUUUUUUACAUUAAACCAUUUCCU